AAGAAAGGCCACUGUGGGAAGAAAGCUCCCACCUCUACAUCCAGGUUUCCUGUGUUGUGUUUCCAGUUCUGCGAGGCAGCAAAGCUACGAGGGAUUACAAGUCACCAUGGAACCGGGUUGCUAGGAGAACACCUGUGCCCACAGCACUUUGGUCCAGCGAGAGCAGGAGAGGAGAGUUGUUCCUGGAACCGGAAGAGCUGUUUUACCUGCUACCACCUGAGGAUCUCAGGGAGCAGGAUUGCCUGAAUAUGAGUGGCAAAAACUGGAUAUUAAUUUCUACUACUUCACCCCAAAGUCUGGAAGAUGAAAUUCUGGGACGACUUCUGAAAAUUCUAUUUGUUUUGUUUGUGGACCUAAUGUCCAUUAUGUACGUUGUCAUAACUUCCUAAAA